GAAUUGGAUCCGGAAGCAUUCAAUUUAGAGAAAUAUGUUGACAUGGGCCCCAAAUGGACCAUACCAUAUCAUGACAUGGGCUGCAAAGUUGAAGAUUUGACAUUUCUUUCUACGCCAGAAGAGCGUAGGAAAUUUAACGAGAACAAGUUGGGGAAGUGCGCUGAAUUUUGUGGAACAUUUCUCCCCGGGGAUAAUCAUUUGAUUUUGUCCCGAAUUCUCAUCCAUCUUGAAUUUUCCGAGCUAAAUAAUAUGCGCCUAGUUUCAAAAACAUUUAAUCGGGAAGCCCUAUCACUUAUUAAGAAAAGGGGGUACGCCAAAUUUGAUUUCGAUAUCGAUCAGUACAUGAACUUCAUGACUAUUCUGCGAUACGCAAACGAAAUGCAGGCUUGUCCGAUGACUUCGUGGAAGCUAAUACUUCCCAAGUUACACGAUAUUGAUCAAUUCGGAGUGGUUUCAUUGUCAAUGCAGGAAAAAUUCCAAUACGAUUUAAACUCUCUUAUUAAUCAGUAUAUGUAGUUGCAUUACAGUAAUAAAAUUAUGCGGUCCUCUCGACUCCUCAAUCGACUGGGAGUAUAGGAUGCAAAUUUUGGACAAACUGAAGGAAACAUUGGUAGAAAUAUGUUUCUCGGGUAACUCCUCCAAACCCGAUUAUGCUAUCGACCCUGCAAAAA